UGUCAUUCCAAGAUCUUUCAAUUCAAAUUCCGUAAAAUAAUUCUUGACUGACGUCAUUUCGCCCAAAUAAAAUAAAAACUUAUUUUACAAAUAAUUAAAUAAUAUUUUAAACCACAGUUGCGAUGGCCGAUCCGAAAUACGAGAAUCUGCCCGGAAUAGCAUACGACCAGCCCGAUGUGUAUGAAACUGGCGACUUACCUGAGGCUGACCAGCCAGACACCUUCGAAGAGGAGGAAAACGAAUGCAUUGAACAAUUACAUCUUUCUGUAAAGGAUUCCUUCAAUAAGUUCAAAGGGAAGUUUUUGACUGGUAACGUCGACUUUUCGGAUAGACUAAGCCGGAAAACUAGGAUCGGGUACAGGUCUGGAGAAUGGGAGCUGGCAGCAGAGGGGGAACCCGAGACUCUCAUGGAAAAGUACAACCGCCUGAGGUGCGAGUUCUCUGAACUUCUGGAGCAAGUUACAGACCAGCAGAACAAGGCUUCUGAAAGUGAAAAGGAUGAAUUUGAAAAGUUAGCAGCGCAAAUAAACUCCACAAAAAAGCUGGUGGAGGAACUGAAGCUGGAAGAAGGAGAGCUGAUUGACCCCAAAGCUGAGAAACUUAAGGAAUACUUAGCUGCCACAAGCCGAAAGCAGGGUAAUAUGGUGACCACGCAUCUGAAACUCAAACCUGAGGUGAAUCUCGCGCAGACAACCAGGAUAGCACAACUUGAACACAGGUUACACAAAUUGGAACAGGCGGCUGGUGUGAGAGAUGAGGAGUCGUUCAGAAGACUGCAGGCGGCUACUGGUCAGGCCACGCUGUGCGGCGCGGCGUCCACAUUGGCUGCGCAGGCGUCGCUGCUGCGCGCCGCGGACAUGGCGGCCGCGGAGGCGCGCGUGGCGGGGCUGCUGGCCAACGUGGACGCUCUGAAGGCCGCCGUCAGACCUUCAGACCCCGAGUUGGAUGCAAAGGUCAACGAGUUACACAAAUUGUUCAAACAAAUAGACGGAAUAUCACAUUCGGAGAUUUUAGAGCGUAUGGAGGCGUUGGAAGCGUUACAUAAUCAAGCGAGCAAUUUCGGCAAAUCCCUGACCGAGCUGGAAACACUGCAGAGCACGAUAGCCAGCGGCGUCCAGAACAACAAGGAGCUGCUGCAAGGUGUUCAAGAAGUGUUCGCACACAACGUCGAUAGCCUACAGAGAGAAAUCAAAAAGUUGGACGAGCGGGUUACACAGAUCAGUCAGAAUGUUAAAUCGUAGUUGUAUAUGUUGCCAGCAUUAUUCACUUUGAGAGCCUAAACAGUUUGUACGUGAAUUCUUUAAGAGAUGAAUGCAGUAAUAGUGUGUUGAUAUAUGUAUAAGGUGGAUUUUUUUUCUUUUAUGUUUAUAAUUGCACUCGGAUGACAAAGGGCUAGUUCUAUUUGAAUCUGCAUUCGAAACGUGUGAUCUUUCAGUCUUUUCAAGACUGUUGGCUCUGUCUGCCCCAAAAGGGAUAUAGACGUGAUAAUAUGUAUGGUAUCAAUUAGACUACCUAAUGAAGACCUUAUGUAAAGAUUAUUCCACUAAUCGACUUACUAUUGCUACAUUUGCUUUUUACAAGUUUACGCUCCGUUCAAUGGCAUGACUAUGAAACCAGUCUUAGAUAAACUAUAUAAGAGAAAAUGCUUUCAGAAAAGGUUUUGAAUUAUAUCGAUCCCCUCGAUUUCGCCCGCUGCGAAUAGCUUCAUCCGAUGAACCCUUUUUAGGUUUACUACAAAUUUUAUCUUAUCUAUUCCUUCACUUUGCUAGGUAUGUAAAUUUUAAUUUAGUAGUAGUUAAAGAGGAAUUAAUAAAUAAAUAUGUACGGGACAAACAAGAGACAAAGUAAAAGGCGGCUAAGAAAUAGGCUUAUAAACUUAAAGAUUCUUCUUUUCGGAUAGACUAGCAAUCUGUCGCUAUUUGGAUCUCAACUUUAAGUCACACAGCUGAACGUGGCCCAUCAGUCUUUUCAAGACAUGUUGGCUUUGUCUACCCUGCAAGGGAUAUAGAAGUGAUUUGUAUGUUUGUUACAAAUACAAUAAAGUUGCGUCUUUGGAUACAGUAUUUACUAGUUAACUCUCAAAGUUUAAAAUGGAUAGGUACAUACCAUUGAAAAGACUAUGAUUAUGUAGGUACCUUUUUGCUGGAGAAAUGAAUUGGCUUGUUCAGUUAAUCCUCUGAGUUUUAUGCAUUUUUUUUUCUUUCAUGUACUUUUUAAGUAAUAUAAUCUACUUUUUAUAUAAAUAAUGUUAUUCUGAAAUAAUUAAGUACCUAGACUGCUUACAAAUAAUUUAUUACAAAAUAAAGCUAUAAUUAUUACCUA